AUGCCGAACAACGCAGCCAACGUCCUAGCGGCUCAGGCGGCUCUCUGUGCCGAGUGCUCAGCGAUAUCCUGGGACGGAAUCGAAAAAGUGGUAAACGAAAAGCUGCGCUUCACCUGGAAAGGUCGGCCCUUCGUCGACGUGGGCAGACGCUAUCGAAAACUCUCUCCCAACAACACCUGCACACUCUGCCGCCAGCUGUACGCCCCUUGGAUAGCAGGCUUCAUAGAGAGCCGGCGUUGGAUUGAGGGGAAGGUGCGAGACGAUCUUGGCGACCGAAUACACGUCUUCCCCAAUCUCCGCUAUGUCCAUCACGUCAGCGAUUACCAGACUUCGAGAAACGUGCUCCGGAACCACGAAGCCCCAUAUCACAUUGCCGUCGUCCCCAUCGCGCCGAGAUGGAGAGAAGGGCUUUUGGAGCACAUAGCCGCAAGGGGUAUGGUUGUGGUUUUGCCCGAUGGGCGUCCGGAAUCCAAGGUCCUCCAGCCUCAGCAAGUCCCUAGAAAAUUCGACGAAAAACCCGUUCUCUCCUGGUUGCGGACCUGUAAGCGCCACCGCAACCGCUGCAACCCAAAACCGCCAGAGGUUAGGGGAAUGAGGGUGAUCGACUGCAAAUCUGAAAAUCUGGACAUUCAAGAAUACCAACCCGGCGACAAGUACGUUGCCCUAAGCUACGUCUGGGGGCCACCGGGGAUCCCGGGUCAAAGCGAAGCUCAAGCCGCCGCCGCGCCGAGGCCAGGGAGCACGAGGCCGGUCUUACACCUCCCGAGACACAUCCCUCUGACCAUUCGAGAUGCCGUCAAGGUGACCAAAGCCCUGCGAUACCGCUACCUCUGGGUCGACAAGUAUUGUAUUGAUCAGAACAACGAACAAGAGCAGCGGGAGCAGUUCAGCCGCAUGGGAGACAUCUACGCCGGAUCGCAGAUAGCAAUAUUCGCAUUGGGAGACGACUCGAACGCCGGGCUGCCCGGAGUGAGCUCAACGCCUCGCCUCGGUCAACGAGAGUGUCGCAGCGGACGUUACCGGUUCAUAUCGACCAUGCCCGACCCGCACGAGUCCAUCAAGCGGUCCAAAUGGUCGACCAGAGCAUGGACGUAUCAGGAAGGACUAUUCUCGACUCGCCGUCUCUUCUUCACCAACCAUCAAAUCUAUUUCGAGUGCAACGCCAUGAACUGUGCAGAGUCCUUCAAGAGCAACCUCGACGUCAUCCACAUCAAUACUGGCCAGCGCUUUAGGGCUUACCACCGCGCAGGUCAAUUCGUGUGCGGCAACUCAAAUCAAUACUCGCAUCUCGACGUGAGGCAGAACAAGGCAAACCACCGAAAGGUUGACACCAUCCGCCGAUGUCAGCACCAAAUCCUCCAAUACACCAAACGAGAGCUGACUAACAAAGACGACGUCCUCAACGCCUUUGCGGCCAUCGCCCGAUUCUACGCCAAGACGACGGCCAAAAUAGCGAGCGUGGCUGGAAUCGCCGUCCCAUUCCCCAUCGCAAACCUGCCACACAGCAAGCAGGAAGGGCUCGACCAUCUCAGCUAUGCCCUGGCCUGGUCGCACCGCGUAGACAACUUCAACGGCGACUUCCCACGACAGUUCAAGCCGGCCUCUCGGUCGGGCAAGCCGGGGACGCAGCUACGAUGGACUCCGCACGACAAUCCGAAGCCACAGCGUCGACGUGGGUUUCCGUCCUGGUCGUGGGCCGGAUGGUUCGGGCAGAUGCAGAGCCGGAACGACCUCCCUUACUGCUGGACCAGUCUCCUCGGCGGCUCCGGUUUCUCUCGGUACAAGCAAUACCUCGUACGAGAGCUCCUAGAGGCCGAGUCGCUGCAGUUCGACGCGUACGUCCUCAACCCCGAGCAGCUGCUGUCAUACGGUCGUGCCAUGUUGGAUGUGCACCUCUCAGCGGGGCCCACGUCGAUGGAGAUGCUGUACCAGAAGCUGACGAACAGGGAGUACGAGUGCGUGGUGUUGGGCACGUACGGGGAGCCGCGCCGGGACAUCUUCAGAGCCAUACAGGCCGCGGACAGGAAGAGCACCAGAGCCAAGAAGCGCCGGAUAGACAUGUUUGAGCGCCUCGAGCCUGACGCCAUCAUCUGCCUCAUAGUCUGCACCGAUACCGUGGAGGGGGUAUCCUACCGGAAAGGCCUUCUGAAAGUACAGUAUUACGGCGGGCAAGGAGGGGAGGGUGCGUUGCGGGAGUGGGAUACGGGUUCGAAGAGAAGGUUAACCCUGAAGUGAUUCUGGCUCCCAUUAUCAGAUCAGAGAGAUUAACCCUAUAUAAGAUGAUUGCCGGAACUAAUCUCAUGCUGGAAUACAGCCUUGUACCUUGACCGGCAAGCCCAGACUUGGGUACCAGCCACUUGACCGAUAAGUCCCCAGGUCUUGAUAGAUACACCGCACCUCCCUGGCUUGCUUAUUUCCAACUUCCCUCAUUCGUCAUGCUUCUUUCUCCCCAACUCUAAUCAAGCCGGACUUCAGCCAAUAAGGCACUGAGUAUAUUCACGGCACAGAGUAGACGUGGUCACAUCCUGCCAACCCCUCCCCUUUUCGGUGCUGGCAAGUGUCCGCCUGGUCAUCCUACUUAUGGCAAAUUGACGAUGC